AUGGAUCCUCUUGGGCCCAUUCUAGAUGGUCUAAAUACUGCCCAGGAAGCCGCCGUAACAUCUCCGGCGUCAAUUCUACAAGUUCUUGCUCCUCCGGGCUCGGGAAAGACCAAGACACUGACCUCGCGCGUCGCCUAUCUACUCGGGCACGAUGGAUACCGUCCGCAAGAUGUCAUUUGCUGCACAUUUACCAUAAAGGCCAGUCGAGAGAUGCGAGAGCGGCUGGCCAAACUGGUGGGUGACCAAGUGCAAUCGAAGCUGAUCCUGGGAACGUUCCAUUCGAUCUGCCGGCGAUACUUGGUUGUAUACGGACAUCUGAUCGGGCUACGAAAAGGGUUUGGGAUUGCGGACUCGUCGGAUUCUUUGGCGAUUAUACGGAGAAUCGUGAAGCGACUGCAGCUCGGAAUUCAACCCAACACCGCGAGAUCCCGAAUAUCCCACCAAAAAGCACACAACAUUUCUCCGGACGAGGUCGCGACUAAAUACAAUAAGGAGAGCAAGUUCCUAGAACAUCGCGAGUUUGUUCAAGUAUAUCGGGAGUACGAGAAUGAGCUAGCCACAUCAAACCUACUUGACUACGAUGAUCUGCUGCUACGAUGCGCAGAGUUGCUUAGGCGGCACCCGGAGUGUGUAUCCAACGUUCAGGUGGUUUUGGUGGAUGAGUUUCAAGAUACAAAUCAAAUUCAAUACGAACUGAUGAACCUUCUUGCGUCUCGGAAUAGGCGCAUCACAGUCGUUGGAGAUCCGGACCAGAGUAUCUACGGGUUUCGUUCUGCGGAGAUCAAGAACCUAACGCGGAUGCAGCGAUUAUACAGAAACACUGAGAUUGUGCUUUUGGAGGACAAUUAUCGAUCCUCGGCUUCUAUCCUUAAGUCUGCUCAGGAUGUCAUUGAGCAAGACUCAUCACGGCCGGCGAAAAAGUUACAGCCAACGCACAAUUUUGGCACGCUACCGGUGCUACGCAAACUACCGUCUGCCGAUGCAGAGGCUCAAUGGAUUGUACUGGAGAUUAAGAGAUGCGUGGGUUUGACGGGAAAGCUAUUAAACUACUCCGAUUUUGUCAUCCUACUUAGAUCGGCUUCGCUAUCGCGACAAAUUGAAUCUGCCAUGGGAAAACAUGGUGUCCCUUAUCGGAUGGUCGGAGGACAGAGGUUCUUUGAUCGGGUUGAAAUCAAGCUGCUUUUAGAUUACCUGCGAGUGAUCAGCCAUCCCGAUAACACGGAAGCACUUCUACGCAUCAUCAACGUUCCUUCGAGAAAAAUUGGCGAGGAGACCGUCAAAAUGCUAUUGAGCAGCGCUCAGAAAGCCGAUAAAUCCCUGUGGGUCUAUAUCAAGGAUGUAGCACAAGGUCGCAGGUCGACCGAAAAGACUUUGUUGAAACCCGCCAGCCAAGGACUAAGCACUUUGGUUGGGCUAAUUGAAUACUCUAGGGAGAAGCUCAACCAGUGUUCUGACCGAUCUGCCCCUCGAAAGAUGUUGGAGAUUGUGAUGAAGAAGCUCUCGUUCCGCGAAUUUCUUACUGCAACGUAUGGGGCGAAUGAUGAAAAUAGGUGGGCCAACGUGGAGGAACUUCUAACUCAGGCAGACGACACUGCUGGGUCUGAAGACGAAGAGGAGCGAGAUGAGAGUCUUCCUGAGAUUGAGGGCCUUUCUCAGGAGCAAGCGCCCCCUGGUGAGGAGGCAUUGUCCCAAUUCCUAGCAAAUGUGGCAUUAUCAACCGAGGUUCUUCCACAAGAAGGUGCCCAGGGAGAGGACGAGGCACAGGAAGAAAAGGUCACCAUUUCGACCAUUCAUGCGGCCAAAGGACUAGAAUGGCCUGUCGUGUUCGUUCCAGCGGCGUACGAAGGGAUUAUACCACAUUCCCGCGCAGAAGAUUCCGAUGAGGAGAGGAGACUGCUUUAUGUUGCCAUGACUAGAGCACAGGCGCUGUUAUACCUAAGUUAUCCGCUUCGGCAGGCCCGAGAUGGUACGGAAACCAGCGUGACGUCGUUUCUGCCACAAGAAUUAAUCACCGGCUGGCUUCGCACGGUUGGGCCGAAACUAGAAGAGAAGGUUGUUUAUGGCAUUGCAGACAUACUGCGUCGAGAACGUCCGUCGAUCGAUACCAUGGUUGAGGGAAUUGGAUCACUUCCUUCUGUAUACGAUGAUCAAUGGACCGAGGAUGGACAGGAGUCGCCCAACACAGUCAUUCGGUGGGAUGGCACUCGGGCGACUGACGAUGAACCCCCUAGCAAACGACGGCGGUACGACAACGGGCAGUACUCGGCAAGCACGACAAUCACGAGCAUGUCCUCGACAUAUACCAUGAACAGCUCGAGCUUUAUGGCACCUACUACCAUGUCGGCGGGCUUUUCAACCGCUCGCGAGUACAUAGCUAGCACUGCCAUGAAGUCGGAACAGGAACAACCGGCAGAGGUAGAGCGCAAGAGCAAACCGAAGCCGGUAAUUGGAACUUUCAGCAACCGAGCGCCCGCCUCACAGAAAAGCAUUUCAUCCUUCUUCGGUCAGCCAAAGUCCCAGCCUACAGAACAAAACGAGUCGGGCGCAGGGCGUGUCCGGCCGUCGCAGCCGUCGCAGGCUUCUCAGGGCCGGCUUGCUACCACAGCUUAUCCCAAUAGAAACGUAUCCUCGAUCGACGCACGUCCGGGAAACACCAUCCCUGCGCAGUACAUCGGCCACCGCCCUCCAACGCAACAUUUCCGCCCGCCUCGUCCGGCUCUUGAACCUUCUGACCCGAACCGCUACACAUGGUUGGCUGCUCCUUCGAAACCCGCGGACAAGGCAGAUUCACGCAGCAGUCAGGUGAACACUGAGGUCAUCGACGGGAACGAUAGUCGCAAGGAGUCUGCGACGAGCGAGGCGAGAAACUGUGUUGGGACAGCAGGGGCUAUGCGGCCAGCGACCACGUACCACACAACAACGAUGUCAAUGAUGCAGUCAGGAGGGCAGACAGCGAGGAGAACAUUAGGAAUUCGACGCAGUAUGAACGGAUGGGAGGAACGGAUGAAGAGGGAGAAGUGA